AUGGCUCCCGUACCGAUCGAACCUAGGCCCAGUGACUCAAGCCGCUUCAGAUCCCACACGAUCGCCGCGACCACCGAGGGCGUGGUCGAUUUUGAAGUCCCCGGAGCCGGAAAGCCCUGCAAGACCUGGUACAGACUUCGCGGCAAUCUCACCUACGGCGGACGACCUCUCGUAUGUCUGCACGGAGGACCCGGCGUCGGCCACGACUAUCUAGAGUCUCUCGAGGACCUCAGUAUUUCCUACAACAUCCCGGUCGUCCUGUAUGACCAGCUGGGCACGGGUCGAUCGACGCAUCUGCCGGAGAAGAAGGGCGACGCUAAGUUCUGGACUAUCGGCUUGUUCCUGGCUGAGCUUGAUAACCUGCUCCGACAUCUGGGCAUCCACCAGAAUUACGACCUGUACGGCAACUCGUGGGGCGGUAUGCUGGGGGCAGAGCAUGCAAUCCUUGGGCCGAAGGGGUUGAACCGCCUCAUCAUCGCAGAUGCGCCCGCCAAUAUCCACAACUGGGUAAGGGCAGCGAACAAGUUGCGCAAAGAGCUGCCAGAGGACGUCCAAGCAGUUUUACAGAAGCAUGAAGACGACAAGACGACAGACAGUCCAGAGUAUGAGCGCGCUGUGCAAGUCUUCUAUCAGCGGCAUGUGUGUCGAGUAAACCCAUGGCCCAAAGAAGUGCAGCGAUCGUUUCAGAACAUCAAGGACGAUCCCACGGUCUACCACACCAUGAAUGGUCCGUCAGAGUUUCACGUGGUCGGCUCACUGAAGGAAUGGUCAAUACUUCAGGACCUGCCCAAGAUCGACGUACCGACGUUGCUCAUCAACGGUCGCUACGACGAGGCGACUGACGAGGUCGUGGAGCCGUACUUCCAGAAGAUCAAGAGGGUGAAGUGGGUCACGUUCGAGCAGUCCAGCCAUAUGCCGCACGUGGAGGAGCGGAGCAGGUUUAUGGAGGUUGUCAGUCACUUCUUGAGAUCUGAGACAAUGAGAUGUUAA